AUGAGUCUAGAAGAUAGCAGGAUCAGCAAUGAGGAUGAUAGUGAAUUAUUACCUCCAAACAAGGUUGUGUCCAGUCAUGGCGUAUUUAUGGCUAGUAUGAAUGGCUCACCUCAGAAAAUUAUGAGGCCGUCCAGUGUGAGUGGUGGUUCUGUUAAUGGUUCCGUUAGUGGUUCUUCUCAAAUAGGUUCUGGUCCUAAUUCAAAUAAUAAUAAUAAUAGCAGUAAUAACAAUAACAAUAGUGGUAGCAUCAGUAGUACUAAAGUUAUUGAGGCAUUGCAUGAACAAAUCGAUGCGUUGACUAACACUAAUUUGAAGUUAACUGUACAAUCACAAGGGUUACUAGAGAAAUUAGAAAAUUCUCAACAACGUGAAGGUAAGUUUAUGGAAAAUAUUGCUUCUCUAAGACAUGAAAAUGAUAAUUUGAGUACAAUGCUAAAUAGGAAGACAAGAAAAUUGAAAGACACCGAACUGGAAUUAGAGGAGUUAAAGGAGAAAUUUGAUAAAAUUACCACUGAAAAGAAAGUAUUAGAUGAUGAUUUAAAUAAAACUAGUGCUAGUGAAACUAAACUGAAAGAAGAGAUGUCAAUGAUCGAGAAUCAAUACAAUUCUUUGAUUGAUUCACAUGAAUAUUAUAAAGAUAAGUAUUUACAGGAAAUCAAUCAGUUAAAGAGAUCAUUGGAAGAUUUAACCACAGAACAAGAAAAUUAUCUAAAGCGCACUAAUGAAAACAAUAAAUUGGUAGAAGAAAAAAUUGAUAAUUAUAACAAUAGUUUUAACCAAUUAAAAGAAAUCAAUGAAUCGUUGAACAAUAUUAUUAUCACUAAAUGUGAAAGUGCAAUACAAGAAUUAGAUUUACCAAAUUGGGUCAAUUUAUACAAAGAAUCAAAAAUUUUAGUUAUAGAUUAUGCUCAACAGAUGAAUUUAGAGAUUCCUAAUAAUUUCAAGGAACUAGUUAGAGACAGAACUUUGGAAAUUUUGGAAUCAAGAUCCACUUCAAUGUCGUCGCAAUCAUCUUCUGAAAAUAGACAACAAUUCAAUAAUAACAAUAACAAUAGCCAUAACCAAAGCUCUGGUAACGAAGAACCAUUAAGAAUGGUUAAAUUGAGAACUGUAUCACCAAACAGUUUUAAUAAUUCUGGAUCUUCAUUGCCUAGCCAUAUAAAGAGAAGUAGUUUUUAUGGUGGUACAAAAUCAUUAUCUUCAUCAAAUUCGGGUAUUCCUGGUACUUUACCAGGUGUUAAAAGAAGUGGUUCACUACGAAAACCAAGUAGUAGACUUCCUUCUACUAACACAGAACCAUUUUCUUCACCAUCUUCACCUUCAUUAAAUGGAACGAAUAAAUUUGGCCAGAAUCAAAAUCAAGCUUCAAAUUCAAAUUCUAAUCCAUCUCAACACAACAAUUCUAACAUACAAUUGCCUGGUUCUAGAGUUUCCUCAGUUUCACACAAUCCAAUGCAUCGUAAAAAGAGAAAUAGCAUGAUGUUCCAUGGCAAUUAA